AUGGGCAUAACCGAGGUCGCUGAUAGAAUAGCUUUGGCAGUAUUCGAGUUUGAUGAUGAGGCUGACCAUUGGUGGGAGUUAAUCAAGAACACUCGUGACGUAGCGAGCCUAUCAUGGAACCAGUUCAGGGAACUGUUCCUAAAUAAAUAUUUUCCAAAUACGGUCCUUCGAAAUCGAGUCAAGGAAUUCCAAAACCUGGAACAAGGAAACAUGACCGUGACCCAGUAUGUUGCAAAAUUUGAAGAACUAGCCCGUUACGCAGCUAGAUUUGUAGCAAAUGAUGAAGAGAAGGCAAAGAUGUUCGAGUGGGGGUUGGACCUUACAAUCAGGGGAAGAGUUCUUCCGCAACGACUCCCCACAUUUGCUGAGGUGCUGGAUACGGCGUUAGAGUCUGAGAGGGAAGUAACAGACACUAGAAAGGCUUGGAACAAGAGGAGAGGGAGUCAGAAGUCUGUUGGACCUCAGAGGAACCAAAAAGGAAACAUGAUGCCAAAGCCCUACUCCAGACCACAACCACAACCACAACAGCAACAGAUCCAAAGAGGAGGCUAUCAACAAAGGCCGACGGGACAAAUCCAGUGCUUUCAUUGCCAACAAUAA